CGCUGCGGUUGUAGUGCGGGCUGCGCCGAGUUUGGGGUGAGCGUUGUGUCCUGCUGCUGGGCGAUGGCGCGUACGAAGCAGACGGCGCGGAAGUCGACGGGCGGGAAGGCGCCCCGCAAGCAGCUGGCCACCAAGGCUGCCCGCAAGAGCGCGCCGGCCACGGGCGGCGUCAAGAAGCCGCACCGCUACCGGCCCGGCACGGUGGCGCUGCGCGAGAUCCGGCGCUACCAGAAGUCCACGGAGCUGCUGAUCCGCAAGCUGCCCUUCCAGCGCCUGGUGCGCGAGAUCGCGCAGGACUUCAAGACCGACCUGCGCUUCCAGAGCUCGGCCGUCAUGGCGCUGCAGGAGGCCAGCGAGGCCUACCUGGUGGGGCUCUUCGAGGACACCAACCUGUGUGCCAUCCACGCCAAGCGCGUCACCAUCAUGCCCAAGGACAUCCAGCUGGCCCGCCGCAUCCGCGGCGAGCGUGCCUGAGUCUAGUCGCAGGCGAUUGCGGCAAGUCACGUGGACCCAAAGGCUCUUUUCAGAGCCACUACGUGCACACCUUAAAGAGCUGCUGUGCUGCUAACGAAUACCGCUAUGCAGGGUGUGGGAAAUCACGGAGAAGCUUUGAGUCCAAUGGGUUAAAACAGAGGUGACUUGUUAAAAGCCAAGGGUUUCUGUAAUACAAGCUGCAUUGUCAGUAAACGUUGUUGAAACAUUCUGUAAAUAUGCUCUACAUAUGACCAAACUGCAGAGGGCCUUUGUAAAUUACUUCCUAGAUCUUAGCUAUAGAAAAACCACUGAGCAUGUAUUACAUUCCAUCUCUAUUCUCAUUUAAAGAUGUGGCCAGGCAGUCACAGGGAUAUAAACUGUUCUGCCAUAACUGUAUAAACCAAACAUUUUUUCUCUUGUUUUUUCAUCCUUUCUCCAGGAUUGCUCAUUAAACACCAGCUGUU